AUGGCUUCCACUACUACCCCCGGUAUCCCACCGGUCACUCUCGACACCAUCACCCAACAGAUCGGCAACACCCCACUUGUGCGAUUGAACCGUUUGCCCCGCAGCCUCGGAAUCGAUGCUACCGUCUACGCUAAGUUGGAGUACUUCAAUGCCGGUGGCAGUGUCAAGGAUCGCAUUGCCUUGCGCAUGAUUGAGGAGGCUGAGCGCUCUGGUCGCAUCAAGCCUGGUGACACCCUCAUUGAGCCCACCAGCGGCAACACUGGUAUCGGUUUGGCGCUGGUUGGUGCUGUUAAGGGCUACAAGACCAUUAUCACACUCCCCGAGAAGAUGUCCGCCGAAAAGGUUGCUGUUCUCCGUGCCUUGAACGCCACUAUCAUCCGAACCCCCAAUGAAGCCGCAUACGACUCUCCCGAAUCACACAUCGGUGUCGCUAGACGUCUCCAGAAGGAACUCCCCAACGCCCACAUCUUGGAUCAGUACGAAAAUGUCAACAACCCGUUGGCCCACGAGCUCGGCACCGCCGAGGAAGUCUGGACCCAGACCAAUGGCAAGAUCAGUGCUAUUGUCGCCGGUGCUGGUACCGGUGGUACCAUCACGGGUCUUGCCCGUGGUCUCCGCAAACACAACCCCGAUAUCAAGGUGAUCGCCGCCGAUCCCUUUGGAUCGAUCUUGGCUCUUCCUCCUUCCCUGAACGAGGCUCGUGCCAACGAGCCUUACAAGGUUGAGGGUAUUGGAUAUGACUUCAUUCCGGAUGUCCUGGACCGCGAGGCCGUGAAUGAAUGGAUUAAGACUGAAGACCGCGAGUCGUUCAAGUACUCCCGUCGUCUCAUUGCUGAAGAGGGUUUGUUGGUUGGUGGCAGCAGUGGCAGUGCCAUUGCCGCUCUGGUCAAGGCUAACGAGGCCAACAAAUUCUCCAAGGACGAUGUCGUCGUUGUGGUUCUCCCUGAUAGCAUUAGAAGUUAUCUUUCCAAGUUCGCCGACGAUGACUGGCUUGCGGCCAACGAUCUGCUCCCAUCUCUCCCGGCCGUCGCAUCAACCACUCAAACCAACGAGCCAGACUCCGACCCUCUGGCCAACGCCAAGGUCAGUGCCUUGCGCCUGAAGCCCAUUACCACCGUGACAGCCAACUCCCCCUGCGAGACUGCCAUCGAAGUCAUGCGUGACCGUGGCUUCGACCAGCUCCCCGUCCUCGCCCCCUCCGGCCGCAAGCUCGUGGGUCUCGUCACACUGGGCAACGUUCUCAGCCGACUGACUCACGGCCGUGCCUCCGGCACCAGCCCCGUCUCCGACGUCAUGUUCGACUUCUCCAAGAUUUCCGAGGUCGUCACAGAUCCCCGUGACCUCACCAAGAUGGGCUCCAAGCUGCCCCGCAGCCGUGGUUUCAUUGAGAUCACCAUGGACACCCCUCUCAGCGUUCUGAACCGCUUCUUCGAGUGGAACAGUGCUGCCGUUGUCACUGAAAAGGACGCCAGCGGCGCGAUGAAGCCUCUGGCUGUCGUGACCAAGGUGGACUUGCUGUCUUGGAUGCUGCACCAGGGCAAGGCCAACAAGGCUUAG